CAUUGGGCACCAUCCCAUUGGCGGGCCUUCCUUCUCCUGCCCCUAAAGUCAUCUUCUCGAGCCAUUCGCCCGGAUUGGAGAUCUGAUCAUGGCGCUACCUGUGCACUCGUUGUUGGUGGCGGCGCUACUCUUCUUCUCCAUGGUGAUAGAUCCCCUUCCGGUGGUUGCUGUGAAACCCAUCCCACAAUUAAGUUCUGAAUCGAUGAUCCUUCAGGAUGCUAUUGUGCAAAAGGUUAAUUCUGAUCAAUCCGUUGGAUGGAAAGCAUCAAUGAAUUCUCGUUUCUCCAAUUAUACUAUCGGCCAAUUCAAGUAUAUCCUUGGAGUGAAACCAAUGCCUCAAAAUGGUUUGGGAUAUGUUCCUGUUAAAACUUAUCCAAAAAACCUAAAGCUGCCUAAGCAAUUUGAUGCAAGAACAGCUUGGCCUCAGUGCAGCACCAUUGGGAGAAUACUUGAUCAGGGACAUUGUGGCUCCUGCUGGGCUUUUGGUGCAGUAGAAUGCCUGUCUGAUCGCUUCUGCAUCCAUUUUGGCAUGAACAUUUCCUUGUCAGUAAAUGAUCUCUUGGCUUGUUGUGGUUUCAUGUGUGGGGAUGGUUGUGAUGGAGGAUAUCCGAUAUAUGCCUGGCGUUACUUUGUUCAGAGUGGUGUCGUUACUGAAGAGUGUGACCCAUACUUCGACCAAGCCGGAUGUAGUCAUCCAGGUUGUGAACCAUCAUACCCAACACCAGAAUGCGUUAAAAGGUGCCAGGAUAAGAACCUGCUCUGGGAAAAGACUAAGCAUUUUGGUCUCAGUGCUUACAGAGUAAACUCCGAUCCACAUGAUAUCAUGGCGGAGCUUUUCGCUAACGGUCCUGUUGAAGUUGCUUUUACGGUUUAUGAGGAUUUCGCACAUUAUCAGUCAGGAAUCUACAGGCACGUCACAGGUGACGUCAUGGGUGGUCAUGCAGUGAAAUUAAUUGGGUGGGGAACCAGUGAUGAUGGUGUAGAUUAUUGGCUUCUAGCCAACCAAUGGAACAGAGGAUGGGGUGAUGAUGGUUACUUCAAAAUAGUAAGGGGCAGAAAUGAGUGUGGGAUUGAAGAGGAAGUGGUUGCAGGGUUGCCUUCAACUAAAGCCUUGAUUCGGAGCAAUGCGGGCGUGGACACAACCGUGGAAGCCACUAUGUGAUUCUUACUGUUUCAAUGCAAUAAAAUAAAUACUCUAGAUUCUAAAUCACAGAAUCAGAAUGGCUACCAAUUUGUUGGAACACGCUCUGAAAAGAUUGUGCCUUUUCUUCUAUAUAAACAUUUGAUGUAUAUUAAGAAUGGAGAUGGUUAUGGACCUAUGGUCAGUCAUAUACCUUGCAAUAACGGAAGACAGAUCUUUGGCCGAUAUAUUUUUUUUA